UGGUUUCCCUGAAACCAGAUUCCCUUUAACGUGAUGUAACCAAAUUACUUCCUAACUGCCAGUCAAUGGAAUAUAAAAAGAGAGGACAAAGGUUCGAAUCAACCAAUCUAUUGUUACAAGAAAGAAAUUCUUGUUUGAUUCUGUCCGAGGGAGCUUCGGCAGACAUGGAGCCAGAUCCUUGAUUCGACAAAUAUAUAUAUCUUUCCUCCCUCUCAAAUUCUUUGAAGGAAAGAUUAAUUGAAUCCAAAAUGGCCCAAGAAAGUUUGUCAACAUCGCUUCUGAGCUCUCGUGUGGAGACUAUUCCCAAGCAUUCGCUGCAUAGAUCAAUUGCCAGAGCAAUAUUUGCAUUGCUUGCAGCUACACUGAUUGCUCUUGCUUGUAUCUGGACAUUCUCAAAUUCAAAUCACAUCGGAGCUUUGCUUGACACAGAAGGCUGGUUUCAAGAGGCAAAGACUGAAGUUAUAGAAGCAGAACAUGGAGUUGUUGCAGCAGAUGAUGAACGUUGUUCUGAUAUUGGGACUGAUGUGCUUAAAGAAGGGGGUCAUGCUGUGGAUGCUGCUGUAGCAACUUCUUUGUGUCUCGGAGUAGUGAAUCCAAUGUCAAGUGGUCUAGGUGGAGGUGCUUUCAUGAUAUUAAGAUCUUCAAAUGGGGAGAGUCAAGCCUUCGACAUGAGGGAAACUGCACCUCAAGCUGCUUCUGAGGACAUGUAUGCAAAAAAUCCUUCAGAAAAAUAUAUAGGUCCUCUCUCUAUGGGUACACCGGGUGAACUCGCAGGCCUCCAUCUAGCAUGGACACAGCAUGGAAAAUUGCCUUGGAAGAGGCUUGUCCAGCCUGCCUUAAAGUUGGCAUCCGAGGGCUUUGUUGUGAUGCCUUACCUUGCCCUUGGCAUGAAGACCUCAGAAAAUAGUAUUAUGGCAGACAAAGGUCUCCGAGACAUCCUGACAAUCAACGGAAAGCUACUGAGUGCUGGUGAUAUUUGUUAUAACAAGAAGUUGGCAGAGACAUUGCAAACAAUCUCUGAUUAUGGACCAAGUGCCUUUUACAAUGGCAGCAUUGGGAAGAGUCUAGUAGCAGAUGUACAGGAAGCAGGGGGAAUACUUACUUUCAAUGAUUUGCAAAAUUAUAGAGUGGAAGUGAUGGAUCCAAUUUCAGCAGAUGUCAUGGGAUAUACAAUUUUGGGAAUGCCACCUCCGUCUUCUGGAGCCGUCGGGCUUAUUCUAACUCUCAAUAUACUUGCAAGUUAUGGAACAGCUGAUGCUGUAAAGGAUGUAUUGGGCCUACAUCGUACGGUUGAAACACUUAAACAUAUGUUUGCUGAGAGAAUGAAUCUUGGUGAUCCAAAGUUUGUUAACAUCACAGAUGUGGUAGCUGACAUGCUUUCUCCACAGUUUGCUGAAAAACUUAAAGAGAAAAUAUAUGAUAACACAACAUUUCCACCGGAGUAUUAUGAAUACAAAUAUAGUCAACUUAGAGACCAUGGAACAAGUCACUUUUGCAUCGUAGAUAGUGAAAGGAAUGCAUUGUCAAUGACAACCACAGUGAAUUAUUAUUUUGGAGCCAAAAUGCUUUCUCCAUCUACUGGGAUUGUGUUGAACAAUGAAAUGGAUGAUUUCUCCACACCAACAGAUAUUUCCCCAGAUAAACUUCCACCUGCUCCAGCAAAUUUUGUCAGGCCUAAUAAACGACCACUAUCUUCGAUGACUCCUACAAUUGUUCUCAAGGAUGGGCAAUUGGCAGGGGUACUUGGUGGCAGUGGUGGACUGAAUAUAAUUCCUGCAGUCGCUCAAGUAUUUUUGAACUAUUUUGUUAAGGGGUUGGAACCAUUGGCUGCUGUGAAAGCUCCAAGAAUCUAUCACAGGCUGAUUCCAAACAUUGUUUUGUACGAGAACUGGACAGUUGUGGAUGGAGAACACAUUGAACUUUCAGAUAAGGAUAAGGUGGGUCUGAGGGAGAGAGGUCAUCAGCUACAAGCGAAGUCUGGAGGUGCCAUAUGCCAAUUAGUUGUGCAAAACCUGCAAAACCCUAUCAAGAAAUCUGUUAAUCAAGUCUUUUAUGGGUUACUCACAGCUGUAAGUGACCCCAGGAAAGAUGGCGCUCCAGAUGGGUUUUAGAUUUUAAAUCCUGUUUGUGUCUGUAAUAUACCUUGCCUGUGUACGCCUAUAAAUGUAUCUCCAUGUGCAGUUUACCAUUUGAGAAUCGCUCAACUUGGACCUUUAGUAAGUCCCUUUAUCCGCUUGAGUUCCUGCGCUGUUAGUGCAAAGACAAACUUCAUUCACCGGCCAUUACUUCUCAAUGGAAGAUCAAUCUUACAUCAUGAUCAGAUCUGUGCACGUCUGUAUCACACAAAAUGUUAUUAUGUGAAUAUCAACAUAAAAACUCGAGCAGCCAGUGAGGAUGCUUGUAGCUCAAAAAUGGUCAAUCUGUGUGGAUGCUAAGUAAGUUUUCAUAUGAAAUGAAAAGCAGCCAAAUUAUAAAUUUUGAA